UGCACGCUUUUUUCUCUAACUCUAAUCUUCUCACACAUCAGCGCCAAUGUUCCCAUUGGAGAAAGCGCUGAACCAACUGAAAUAACCGAACUCGAAUUUUCUGAUUCAUCGGCUAUGAAGAUCGAAUUGGAUCAACUCAAGUCUAAAAUCCAAACUCUUGAAUCUCACGUCAGCAAAAGUUCCCAAGAAGUGAAGAAGAAGGAUGAAAUAAUAGCAGAAAAGGAAAAAAUCAUUCAAGAUAGGAUGAAUAGCAUUGAGACCUUGCAGAAUGAGAUUGCUUCUCUUGAGAAAAACGGGGUGUUGAAUGCUGAGGAGCAGGCAUACAAGCUUAAAGGGGACCAAGAAAAACAAAACAUGGAGAAAGUGGCCUUGGAAACCCGGGUAACUAAAGCUGAGGAAAAGAUUCAUGACUUGAACUCAAAGUUAGAGGAUGUGGUGGAAUCUCCAAAUUCUAACUCCAAUAGCAGAAAUGCUAAAGCUUUUUCUCCCUUCAAGAAAUUUCUGAUGCAGUCUUAUUAUGACAGACAUACGAACUUACAUGAUUCAGAUUUUGAAAAUUUCAUGUCUCAAGAAGUCCCUUUUGGUUUUUGUGAAGUGCUUCCAAAUAACCAUAAUUUCUUGUUGAGACCGUCAGUUCUAAAGCGCAAUCUUAUUGGUGGAAGUUCUCAUCCAUCUGUGUCGACAUUAAUCAAAUUUCCAACCCAACAGUCGAAGUCUUUGUCUGAACUUUUAAGCUACUCAUGCGAAUUCAUAAUUAUUGAAAGACUGUCUUCUGGUGUUUUUGCUGAUCCAUUUGAAUUACAACGUCUUGUUCAGCGUGGUGUGUUCAAUGAUAUAGCUGUUUUUGGUGACACAAAUCUGGAGCUGCCUUCAUUCUUGUCCAAUCGUUCUGCUGUUGAAAUCCACUUAGAUGUUGACCCAAAUAUAUUGCUAGAGCCAAGUGAUAUCAAAAUAGAGCUUCCAUUGCAUGCACGAUAUCAACCUCUGAAUGAAAGCGGCUACUGCACAGUUGAAUUUGGUGCACCGGAUAUGUUAGUGCGCUGCAGCACAAAGGAAAACGUGGAAAAUCGCAAUUGCUUCUUCAAAUUGAAAAUUGAUGAUGCUAAUCUAUACGAUGCUGAUAUUGUUUGGAGUAUACCUUCUGGAAGAAAGGCACAUGCUGAAAUUGUUUCCGGAGUUACAUUUAUUGCAGUCUUGUUAUCAACUCUUGUAAUUGUUGUCACGUAAUAUUAUUCUAACAGCAGAUUGAGCAAGGAUUUAAAACAAUCUUA